AUGGAAACUUCACUCUGCUUGCUGCUGCUGUUUGUUUUUCUAACAGUUGCAAAACCCAUGGGCAAAGUAAUAGAUCUGGACGCGUAUUUUGAGAGUGCGGACAGCAGUUCACAGGAGCGAGUAGUUGGAGGCUAUGAUGUGCCCAACGAUGAAUAUAUUCCAUACCAAAUAUCCAUGCAGUUUCUGACACGCAGCGGCAAGCAACGUCAUUUCUGUGGCGGAUCUCUUAUUGCACCCAAUCGAGUACUUACAGCAGCACAUUGCGUCAAUGGACAGAAUGCCAGCAGGAUCACUGUGGUGGCAGGUGUGAGGGAUUUGAACGAUGACAGCGGUUUCCGUUCCCAAGUGCAGUCCUACGAGAUGAACGAGAACUAUGAGGAGUUGGUCACUAGCGACAUUGCUAUACUGAAGAUUGAUCCACCCUUUGAGCUGGAUGGCAAGAGAGUCAGUACCAUCGAUGUGAGCAGCAACGAGCUUGUGGGCGCAGAUCAGGAUGUGAUGCUCACUGGCUGGGGCUCAGUUUUCCAUUUUGGCACUGGUCCUUUUGCCAAGUAUCCCACAGUACUGCAGAAGCUCUCCUACAAAACGUUGGCCAAUGAUAGGUGCAAACAGACAAUGACACAGCUGACGGACACCGAGAUUUGUGCCCUGGAGAGAUUCGGAAAGGGCGCUUGCAAUGGUGAUUCUGGCGGCCCAUUGGUUAUGGCGAAUGGCGAGUCGCUUAAACAAGUGGGUGUUGUGUCAUAUGGAACCGCUUUCUGUGCUUCUAAUAGUCCAGAUGUCUACACUCGCGUCUCUAUGUUCGACACUUGGAUAAAAGAACGUAUGGCAUAA